AUGAAGACGAGGAUCCCCCUGGAGCUGAGGAACCGGACCCCGGCAGCUGUUCUGGAACUUGUCCUGGACAAUUGCAAAUCAAAUGAUGGGAAAAUUGAGGGCUUAAUAGCUGAAUUAAUGCACUUAGAGUUCCUCAGUUUAAUAAAUGUAGACUUGAUUUCAGUUUCAAAUCUUCCCAGACUACCUAAAUUGAAAAAGCUUGAGCUCAGUGACAAUAGAAUCUGUGGAGGUCUGGAUAUGUUAGCAGAAAAACUUCCAAAUCUUACACAUCUAAACUUAAGUGGAAAUAAACUGAAACACAUCAGCACCCUGGAACCUUUGAAAAAGUUGGAAUGUCUGAAGAGCCUGGAUCUGUUUAACUUUCAAACCCCAGAUUCAGAUGCCGAGGUGGAUGGUGUGGAUGAAGAAGAGGAUGAUGAAGAAGGAGAAGAUGAGGAUAAGGAGGAGGAUGAAGAUGGUGAGGAAGAAGAGUUUGAUGAUGAAGAGGAUGAUGAUGAAGACGAAGAUGUAGAAGGGGAGGAGGAUGAAGAUGAAGUCAGUGGGGAGGAAGAAUUUGGACAUGAUGGAGAAGUUGAUGAAGAUGAUGAAGAUGAGGAUGAAGAUGAAGAUGAGGAUGAAGAAGAGGAAGAAAGCAGGAAAGGCGAAAAGAGGAAGAGAGAAACAGAUGAUGAAGGAGAAGAUGAUUAA